AUGCGGAAUUACACGAAGCUGAAGCUGCAGGUGAACCAAGAUGGGCGAAUCCCUGUGAAAAACAUCCUGAAGAUGUUCUCAGCUGACAAGAAGCGGGUGGAGACAGCGCUGGAGUCCUGCGGCCUCAGCUGUAACCGGAGCGAGGCGAUCCCCCCUGAGGAGUUCACCCUCGACACCUUCAGGCGGUUCCUGAGCAAGCUCUGCCUGCGCCCCGACAUCGACAAGAUCCUCCUCGAGAUAACCCUGCGCCUGCACCAGGACAUGACCCAGCCCCUCCCCAGCUACUUCAUCAACUCCUCCCACAACACCUACCUCACCGCGGGGCAGCUGACGGGGGCUUCUUCGGUGGAGAUGUACCGGCAGGUCCUGCUGAGCGGCUGCCGCUGCAUCGAGCUCGACUGCUGGAAGGGGCGACCCCCCGAUGAGGAGCCCUUCAUCACCCACGGCUUCACCAUGACCACCGAGAUCCCCUUCAAGGAGGUGAUCGAGGCCAUCGCUGAAAGCGCCUUCAAGACGUCGCCGUACCCCGUUAUCCUCUCCUUCGAGAACCACGUAGAUUCGACCAAGCAGCAGGCGAAGAUGGCCGAGUAUUGCCGCAACAUAUUCGGGGACGCGCUGCUCAUCGACCCCCUGGAGAAGUACCCUCUGGAGCCGGGGGUGCCCCUGCCCAGCCCCCAGGACCUGCUGGGCCGGAUCCUGGUGAAGAACAAGAAGCGGCGCCCGAGGCCGGCCCCCGGCCCCCCCAACCUGCGCCCCAAAACUCCCGGCGCCAGCGACCCGGGCCCCCCCCUCACGGAACACUCUGAAACUGGGAUCCCCCCAGUACCCAAUGGGGAGGAGAAGGGGCCCAAGCUGGGUGAACCCCGAAAAUCUAUUGGUGUAGAGGAUGACGGGGCAGGUGUGGGGCCGAUCGGGCUGUACAACAAGCGCCAGCUGAGCCGCGUCUACCCCAAGGGCACCCGCGUCGACUCCUCCAACUUCCAGCCCCAACUCUUCUGGAACGCUGGCUGCCACAUGGCCGCCCUCAACUUCCAGACCCUCGACAUACCGAUGCAGCUGAACCUGGGGCUGUUCGAGUACAACGCUCGCUGCGGGCUCCUGCUCAAACCCGAGUUCAUGCGACGCCGGGACAAAACCUUUGACCCCUUCGCUGAGGAUCUGGUGGAUGGGAUCGUCGCCAACACCCUGCGGGUGCAGGUGAUCUCAGGGCAGUUCCUGUCGGAGCGCCGCGGGGGGGUCUACGUGGAGGUGGACGUCUUCGGGCUGCCAGUGGACACGCGGCGGCGGUUCCGCACCCGGCCCUGCCAGGGGAACCCCUUCAACCCUGUGUGGGAUGAGGAGCCCUUCCUCUUCCACAAGCCACCACGUUGUUUUCCCCCUCCCUCAGGCUACCACUAUGUCUGCCUGCGCAACGAGAGCAACCAGCCGCUCUGCCUGCCCGCCCUCCUCCUCCACACCGAGGCCUGCGACUACGUCCCCGACGGCCACCAGGAUUAUGCCGAGGCUUUGAUCAACCCCAUCAAACACGUCAGCCUGAUGGACCAGCGCGCCCGGCGGCUGGCUGCCCUCAUGGGGGACGCUUAUGGGGGGUCCCCCAAAUUUACAUGCCCCCCCCGCGGGGGGGGAGUUUUGGGGACCCCCCCGAACCCCCAAACCCCCCCAGAGGUGUCCCCGCAGUCGGUGGAGGAGCUGCGGCAGCACAAGGCGUACGUGAAGCUUUUGAAGCAGCAAUACCGAGAACUGAAGGAAUUGCGCAAAAAACACGUCAAGAAACUCGUGGCUCUGCACAAGCGCCUGGCAGCCAGUGCCAGCAAGUCGGCAGAGGCGGGGGGGCAACGGGCGGCACUGCGGGGGCUGCUGCAGCUGCGGGAGGAGCAGCACCACGCUGAGCACGGCUGCAAGCGGGAGCACCUCCGGCAGGCCCAGCAGCGCCUGCGGGAGGUGGCGCUGGAGGCUCAGGCCACCCAGCUCAAGCGCCUGCGCCAGACCAGUGAGAGCCAGCACCAGUACAACCAGUACGGCUACUGGCAGGGACACCAGUACAACCAGCACCAGGGACACCAGUGCCACCAGUACAGCCAGCGCCAGGGACACCAGUACAACCAGCACCAGUAUAACCAGUACAACCAGUCUAGGCAGAGAAACCAGUGCCGGUGCCACCAGUCUAAGCCGUGCCAGUGUCUGCAGUGUCCCCAGGACUGGAGCCGGAGCCGGGAGCGGAACCGGAUCAAGGCCCGGAACCGGAUCAGGGACCAGAACCGGAUUGGACCGGAACCGGAUCAGGGACCAGAACCGGAUCAGGGAGCAGAACUGGAUUAA